AUGCAUGCGGUCACGACGGACGGUGAGAGCACGACCGAGGAGAAAACCAGCACGAUCUCGUACAAAUUCAAAUCGGAGGACACAAUCGCGGCUGGAUCCUGUGUCCUCCAGGCGAUCCGUGGAGAGCUCGACACCACCAACGAUGCCGCCCGCGCCCAUCACAGCUUUCAAGUCUACUUCCCGGAACUCAAGCUAUCCGCUACGGCAACCGAUGCAGAGCCCAUCGUGGAUAGUCUCAGCACGGUCUUUUCCGAGAUCAAGCCGGUGAACUAAGGCCGUGAUGAGAUAAGGUUCGCUCAAUGUAAUCCGUCAUCCUGAGGUGGCCGCGCGAAGCGCGGCCCUCG